CUCGCUCGCUGAGACGCUGACGCACCCUGUACCAGCCUCUCUGCCUCACCAUCGCCGAUGCGGCUGCGCGAUAUGUCACCAGGCUCUGCCGCAGUGUGGUACGCGUUGCUCGUGAAUGCCAGCAUGAUGAGGCGAUCAGUUCUUGCCUCAACCACGCGCCGCCUGCAACCGGCGGCGUUCAUCGGUACGAUCGCAACGACCACAAGCAGGACCGGUAGAGGAAGCAUCGCGUCGCAGGGCCCGGCUAGGGGUGGGCGAAGAGCGACAACACGGGAAGUGUUCAUGGGUUUCCGCUCUCCCUGGUUCUCCUCGUCGAGGGCCACCGCCAGCAGCGGGGUGCAGCGACUCCAACCGUGGUGGCAGCGACAUCAUCAUCGUCUCAACGAGAUUGCCACGAAGUCGCGUUUCGCGACAACGCCGACCGCAUCAGCAGCAGGAGCCGAGAGAGAGAGCGGGAUCCCUCGACCUACAGCGGCGGGUGACGGUGUUGUUGUCGAAGGGGGCAACGGCGGCAGCAGUGACAAGUCGGCAACGCCAGCAGCAGUGAUGAAGGUGACGCUGCUAUCCGGGUUCCUAGGGGCAGGGAAGACGACGCUAAUGAGUAACGUGCUGCGGCAGGCGAGGGAGGAGCAGCUAUCGCUCGCUGUGAUCGUCAACGACAUGGCGGACAUCAACGUCGAUGCUCAGAUCCUCACACUGGGGAAUGGAUUAGAUCAAGGAGGCAUUGCGGCAGCAGGGGCGAGCGGGAGCGCGGCGGCGGGAGAGAGCAGUAGCGGGGUCACGUCGGUGGCAAUGCAGGACGGGUGCAUAUGCUGCACUCUCAAAGACGAACUCUUGCUCGAGGUGGGGGCCAUGGCCAAAGAGGGCAAGUACGAUCACCUCAUCAUCGAAUCAACCGGGAUCUCAGACCCGGCGCCAGUGGCAGAGGCUCUCGUCGAGAGCGACUGCAGCACCAACGACAUCGGUUACUUUUUCAACGGCGAAGACGACGACGACGACGACGACGAGAGCACCGGGAGCGCGGCCCCUCUCGAAAGAGGAGAAUCGGAGGCAGUGGGCGAGGGAGGAGGAGAAGGUGGGAUGUAUUCCCUCGACACCCUGGUCACAGUGGUGGACUCGACGUCCUUCCUGGAAGAAGUGCGGAAGGCGGACGACCUGGAGGAGAGGGGGCUGGAGUCCGGGGAGGGAGACACGAGAACCGUCGCUGACCUGCUAAUGUCUCAGGCGAAUACGGUGGAGUUCGCGAACGUGAUCCUCCUCAACAAGUCCGACCUCGCAACGGAGGAGGACAUGGCCGCCCUCGAGGGGCUCGUGCGGCGAUUAAACCCGACCGCGCGCGUGGAGCGAACCGUGAGCUCCGCCGUAGGCCUCACGGAGGUGCUGGGCACGGGGGAGUUCGACCUGGAAGAGGCGUCGAAGGCCGCCGGCUGGUUGCGGGGGCUCAGUGACGACGACGAAGAUCACCCUCACUCUCACUACGGUAUCGAAAGCUUCACCUUUCGAUCGCGAAGACCAUUCCAUCCCGAACGUCUGAUGGGAUUCGUCAUGGAGCACCUGCCUUCCGUCUUGCGCUCCAAGGGGUUCUUGUGGCUCGCCACGCGGGAAGAUUCCUUGGGCGUUUGGAACCAGGCGGGGGGCUCGUUCGCGACUGAGUACGGCGGCUUGUGGGACGACUUCCAUGACGCGGACGAACAAGAACGAGAGCGGCAAGGGCAGGGAAGCGGGGAGCACGGCGCCGCCACGGCAGCGACCGUCGACGAUGACGGCGUCGAAGGCGGCAGCGCCAGGCGCAACGAGCUCGUGUUCAUCGGUCUCGGAAUGGACGAGAAAGUCCUGAGAGGAGAGCUGCAACGGUGCCUGUUGUCAGAGGAGGAGAUGGCCCUUGGGUCCCAGGAAUGGGAGAGGCGGUUUUCGGACCCAUUUCCGCCUUGGGAGUAGGCCAUGGUGCGUCGCUUGGGUUGUUUGCAUGUAGCACAAGCCCGAUCGAGCGGCCCGCUCAGGGUGUGGGGUUUCGGAGUCAACGAACAGCGAGGGACGGCAAUUCGAGGGCUGCUCAUCAGUGAGUGCCCCAGGCCCCGUGCGCUGGAAGACCGCCCAUGAAGAUUGGUUGAUUGGUGGUAGCAGCAUUUGCGGGAGAUUUCAGAAUGCAGCGCUGCUGUGGGCAGUCGUUUGUACACUCCGCUGAGACAUGUUGGAACAAGGAUGCCACGCGAGGCUGCCUUUCCCGGCGGAGCAAACGGCACAACCAAUGCCAUGAUUCAAUGAGUCCCAACAAACGGAUUGCAGUGAGAUAGAUGAGGAUAGGCAUUCGAGUUGAUCUCCGCUCGCUCGUGGAUCCACAUGUCGACGGCUCUCCUUCCCAAUUUGUAGUACACCGUUUAGUGAAUUGAGGGAAACCUGCGGGGUUGUGGUCGACUUGGUUGAGUUGAGUCUGUUUGAAUGAGUCCUUUAGAAAUAGAACAGUGUUGCCAGCUUUGGAUUGUACUGUGUGGCAAGCGGGGACUGGAACUUGUCUUUUUUUGUGAAUGAAUGUCUUUACCAUCAGCAUCGACUGCGGGCGGCCCAGUGAAAGUAAACCACUCCCAGUGCGGCAACACGGAACUGUGGGAGAACGUGUGAUAUCAGUUGCAUUAUUGCAUCGAUGCAUCGACGGCGCUAGCCCACUGGCCGAUGAAAAGACGGCAGUACCGUCUUGAAAAAUCAACAUCCUUGCCCAUGUUCGCCCCAUUUUCUCUGGGGCCAGUCUGCACACCUUGCGGUGUUUGUGUUUGACGUAACAGCCGGGGGUCACACCCGAAGAAGGAAGAUCACACAGGAGUUUUUUUUCAGCAGUGAUGUAUAAAAGUUCAA